AUGGCUUCCCUUAGCAAAAAUAUUUCCCCAACACCGGAUCACCUGGUGAAUCCGGCUCAUCCCCUCUAUCUGCAUCCUGGCGAAAACCCGUCUCUGGUGCUUGUUUCGCCUCUCCUCACUGAGAACAAUUUCCACCAAUGGGAGAGAGACAUGGUCGUCGCCCUUGAAACCAAAAACAAGGAGCGCUUCAUUCAUGGUACUCUUCCUUGCCCACCCGUCACUGAUCCCCUAUAUGAAGCUUGGCACAGAUCCAAUCGAAUGGUAAUGUCAUGGCUCACCCGUUCCAUGACUCCUUCCAUCAAGCAAUCUGUGAUGUGGAUGGAUACGGCUUCUGAAAUUUGGCGAGAUCUUAAGGAUCGCUUUUCUCAUGCUGAUAAAUUUUGGAUUUCUGAUCUUCAAGAUCAGAUUCUUGCUUGUCGACAAGGUGAAUCCAUUGUUUCUGAAUAUUAUACCAAGUUGAAGAUCUUGUGGAAGGAGAUGGAACUUUAUCGCUGUGUAUUGACCUGUACCUGUUUGACACCCUGUGUCUGCGGUCUUCUUUCUAAACUUCAAAAAGAAAGCGAGGAUGAUUAUGUGAUUCGCUUUCUUCGUGGUCUCAAUGAUAGUUAUGCCCAAGUUCAUUCUCAAAUAAUGAUGCUAGAUCCCAUGCCUUCAAUCGUUAAAACCUUUUCCAUGGUUCUUCAACAUGAACGUGAAUUUAUUGGCAUUCUUCCAAAGCCCUCUGUUCCCGAUUCCUUGGCCUUUGCUGCUCUCUCCAACGAUCAACCACGUUUUCAUUCUUCCACAAGACCUACUUCUACUAUCAGUAAGACCACUUCCAGAAACAAUAAAUUCUGUGAACAUUGCAAGAAAACCAACCAUACCAUAGAGACUUGCUACUUUCGUAUUGGUUUUCCUGCUGGUUACAAAAAGUCAAAACCCACAAAUAAACCUUCUGCCAGUUUGGUUACUGUGGACUCCUCUGCUUCUCAUCAACCAUUAAAUUUGGAUGGUAAUCACACCAAUGAUCAGUUCACUUUCUCUAAAGAUCAGUAUCAAGCGAUUUUGGCCUUUCUCCAACAUACUAAGGAUCAUUCAUCCACUGUGAAUCAUGCUUCUGUUCAUAAUUCAGAAGUCUCACCUCACGAUGAUUGGAGCAGCUAG